GGUGGUGAUCCUUCCUUCCGACCUUCGAAUUUCAGAGGAUUUGGUUGAUGACUUACUUGCUCGGAAUGCCCUUCAAUUAUUGGUUGUGCCUUAGCUCGAGGACUGUGAACAGGGCAAAGAGGAGAAGAAGAUGCUCCUUUCAAGUUCCCAGGAGUUGGAAAAAUACAGCAUUUUGGAGGUUGAUGCUGUGAAGGCGACUAAGGAGAUUGACCGACUUAAAUCCAAUGUUGCGAAACUUACUGAUCAAAAUGAAGAGCUUAACGGAAGACUAAAGGAGGUUGUCAAGUUUGAGAAGAAAGCCUUGGAUGAAGCUUCUCGUUGA